AUGCAAAAGCUGUCAGAGGCGGAAACCGUCGUGUCUUCAAUAGCUGACGGCGAGGCGGCUGAAUUUGGCCUUGAAAGAAAUGAACAGAAAUCAAAAAUUCCGUCAAUUGGUGUUCUAUUUGGAAGCAUGCGAAAGUGGGUCUAUGUUCAGAAAACUUCUAAUGGACAACAUCAAUGUUUAACCAAUAUUCAAUUAGUGUAUGCUGUCACUGCCGCUAAUGAAGUCGAGUCAUCUUAUGCAACUUACUGUGGCAACGAACUAGAACUGCCCUGUCUUGGCGAUGAGUUCUCAGUGAAUUGGAUGGAAGACUCUGACUACGUAUUGUGA